AUGAGCAGUUUGAGCAUGGUGGAGGCAAAGCUGCCGGCGGGGUUUAGGUUCCACCCAAGAGAUGAUGAACUCAUAUGUGAUUACUUGAUGAAAUGGGUGUCCACAGGCGGUGGAGGUGGUAGCGCCGCUGCUGGACAUGUCCGACCUCCUCUACUGAUCGAAGUUGAUCUCAACAAGUGCGAACCUUGGGAUAUUCCUGAAAAUGCAUGUGUUGGAGGCAAGGAUUGGUACUUUUACACCCAACGUGACCGGAAAUAUGCGACUGGAUCGCGAACAAAUCGAGCCACAAUUUCUGGGUAUUGGAAGGCCACUGGGAAGGACAUGGAAGUACUUCGAAAGGGUACCCUAGUCGGCUUGAGAAAGACUUUGGUAUUCUACGAGGGUCGGGCACCCAAAGGAAGAAAGACAGGUUGGAUUAUGCAAGAAUUUCGAUCCGAAGGACCCUUUGCUCCUCCUAAAUUUAAUUCUCCUGAUAUGGUAGAUUGGGUGUUAUGCAAAGUGUUCCACAAAAACAGAUCAAAAGUUUGUGCCAAACAAGAAUUGGGAAGCAAUUAUGAAUAUGAUCGUAAUCAAAAGACAGAAUCUUGGUCUCUUCCACCAUUAAUUGAACCCAACAAUAUCACCUAUGACCAAGUUGAUGAGCAAGUGUCCUGCUUCUCCAUUUUUACCCCAAACCAAACAAACCCUAAUUUCUCAAACCUCACCCACAUGGAUCAAGAUUUGUCCACUAAAAUCAUGCCAAAUUUUCCACAUCAACUUGGAGUGAAUAUUAAUUCAAACCCUUCCUAUGACAAAAAGUUGGUGACUGAUGUUCUGAAGCACGUUUACACGAGGGACGCGACGAACCCUAACACGAAAUUCUCCCCGAGCUUCGGGGAAGGAAGUGCAGAGACUUACUUGUCUGAAGUUGGCUUGCAGCAGCCUCCCAUGUGGAAUUACUAUUGA